AUGACGGCGGUUUUUCUUCAAUUCAAAAAAGAAGAUGAAACUACCGACGCCAUUCUGCAUGUGACGACAUGUGCGGUUCCACUUCGGCUGCCUGGCUGUGGGGGCGCGCCCCCGGCCCGGCUCUUCUGCCGCCAAGGCGCAAAAGUGGUGGUUGCGGACAUUCACGACGAACGGGGGAGCUCCGUCUGCACCGAGCUCGGACAGACGGCAUCCUACGUCCGCUGCGACGUCACCGACGAAGACGACAUCCGCCGUGCCGUCGACCAUGCCGUAGACAACUUCGGCCAGCUGGACAUCAUGUUCAACAACGCCGGAAUCACGGGGGCGGGCAAAGCGAGGAUAACGGACAACACAAAGGAGGACUUCCUGCACGUGCUAUCAAUAAAUCUCCUCGGCGUUUUCCUCGGCACGAAACACGCCGCACGUGUGAUGGUCCCGGCGGGGUCCGGCUCCAUACUCUCCAUGGCGAGCACUGCCGCCGUCACCGCCGGCCUGGCCUCGCACGCAUACACGUCCUCCAAGCACGGGGUGGUGGGCCUGACCCGGAACGCGGCGGCGGAGCUGGGGCGGCGCGGGGUGCGGGUGAACUGCUUGUCGGCGGCGACGGUGGCGACGGCGAUGGCGACGGGAUUUAUGGGGAUGGGGGAGGAGGAGGUGGAGGCGGUGAUGGAGGAGAAGGGGAAUCUGAGAGGGGUUGUACUGAAGGCGGAGGAUGUGGCGAGGGCUGCCCUGUUUCUCUGCAGCGAUGAGGGGAGGUUUGUCAGCGGACAUAAUCUUGUUCUCGAUGGCGGCCUCACCGCCGUUAAUCCAAACUUCGAUUUUUUUAAAGUUUAGGGUUUGCGUGUUUGGUUGAUUUUAUAAAGGGGAAUUUACAUACAUACCCACCUAAUUCUCACAGCAAGUUCAUAAUCAAAUUGACCGUCCCUACAAUAUGAAUCAUAUAAUGUUAAAAUUGGUACAAUUUGGGUCUAAGCAAUCCCGAAUCAAGUUGUUGAAUCAUAAUUGCAGGCUUUGGAUCGGCAAUGGACCAUCUCAUGUCGUCGCCCGUCGUUGCUGACCACCAGUCAUGUGCAUCCACAACUUACAAUUGUUGUAGUCAAACUAUCAAUUUUUGGUGAAAUAUUGUAAUCCUCUUCUCUCUCUCUCUCGUGAGAGAAUAAC